CUGUUGCAAAAACGCUGCGACGAGUUGCUGAAGGGAAAGCUGCUGCUCAAGCAGAGGCUGCUGAAUGGAAGCGCAAGUAUGAAUUAGAGAUGGCAGCCAAAGAACAAAUACAUCAUAAUGUAGUCAAAGCUCACAUGAAGCUUGGUCCUCGAAUUAUAAUCACAAGAGGAUAAGAUUUUAAUCAUUGGAUCUUGGUCUUGCUGUUAUUGCCAUUAGCACGAUAAUUCUUGUUGUGACCUAAUACUGAAUCUGGAACUGACCUCCAGAAUCCAGGUUACCAGUCAACAAAAGGUAUUGACCAUGCGAGAUUUAUUUUGCAUCAUGUUAUAGUGGAAAAGGUCAACCACUGAUUACUAUUUGUCCUCAGAAAGAAUUGUAGAUAUAUGCUGUUGCAGUUUCACAUGUUUUCGCUCAAAGUAGAACUCACCAGAGAACAAUCCAGUCAUUGGUAUGGAAGUUGUACCUUCUGCACGUAAUUCUUAAUUAUAUUUUCACAAGAAAUUGCUUAAUAUGGUAAAUAUAGUUUAUUGAUCCAUGCUGACAAACCUUCCAAACUACAUCAAAGACAUGUCCACGUUUGUGGAGAGUUGGAGAUACAUUAGGAAUAUUGGCUGCAGUGACAGUGGGGAGGACAAGUUAGAGCAUCUGGCUGGUCAGCUGACAUUGGAGACUGUCUCGGUUGAUCAAACAGGUUGUUGUGGAAACCAUGGGAUCUGUUCACAUCAAAUACUCCAGGAAGAAUGUCCUGGACCUAACCGAAAACCAGAUGACAAGAUUCUUGGAAGAAAGGCACCAUUUAGACUUUCAUGGGGAUGCGAUGGGGAUAAGAAUGGCCAGCACAAGCAUGAUUUUGUGUCCUUUGAAAAAGGUGACAUAAAAACAGCAGAGCGCAGCAAUAAGCAGAUUUUGCUAAAAUGGGAAUCUCCACCGCAAACAGUUCUUUUUGUUACUAAACCUAAUUCCAAUUCUGUGCUUGCUCUCUGCGGCGAAAUGGUUAGAUGGCUUAAAGAGUACAGUAAUAUAAAUGUGUUUGUAGAGCCACGAGUUAGCCAGGAACUACUAGCUGAAGAUUCUUACUUCAACUUUAUCCAGACCUGGAAUAAUGAUCAGGAAAUAAAGACAUUACACACGAAAGUUGAUCUAAUUGUAACUCUUGGCGGUGAUGGAACUGUUUUAUGGGCUGCAUCAUUGUUCAAAGGGCCAGUUCCUCCUGUUGUUGCAUUCGCUCUUGGAUCAUUGGGCUUCAUGACUCCCUUCCCAAGCGAGCAAUACCGUGAAUGUUUGGGCAAUGUGCUGAAAAGACCAUUUAGCAUCACACUAAGAAGCCGUCUGCAGUGUCAUGUGAUCCGUGAUGCGGCUAAGGAUGAAGUUGAGACUGAGGAACCGAUUCUAGUACUAAAUGAAGUAACAAUUGACCGUGGAAUGUCAUCUUACCUCACCUACCUAGAGUGCUACUGUGAUAGUUCGUUCGUUACAUGCGUACAAGGAGAUGGGCUGAUAAUAUCAACAACAUCUGGAAGCACAGCAUAUUCAUUGGCAGCUGGAGGAUCAAUGGUUCAUCCGCAGGUCCCUGGGAUCCUUUUCACACCAAUAUGUCCGCAUUCGUUGUCAUUCAGGCCUUUGAUACUACCGGAAUAUGUAACUUUGCGCGUGCAAGUGCCAUUCAAUAGUAGAGGGCAAGCUUGGGCAUCCUUUGAUGGCAAGGGUAGGAUUCAACUAGGACCGGGCGAUGCCCUCAUCUGCAGUAUUUCCCCGUGGCCUGUGCCCACGGCUUGUCUGGUGGACUCGACAACCGACUUCCUGCGAAGCAUCCAUGAGGGUCUCCACUGGAACUUGAGGAAGAGUCAAUCAUUUGAUGGUCCACCUGCAUGAUUGUUGAAGUUUGUACAGCAGUCUGGUGCCAGGAGUUGAGAUGGCUGAUGGAUCGCUAGAUGUGAUAUUUCAAAGCAUCUCCCGCAGUCCAGGGUGAUUCGCAAAAACAGAAAAAAAUCGCAAAAAAGAAAAAAAGAGCAGAUUUGCAGAUGGCAGUUCGGCUUUAUUGUAUAUCCUUGCGCAUUCCCUAUAUAUGUACAAGUUAAUGUAUUUAGGUGUAGGCCUGUGCAUAGUCCAAGCCUGAUCACCAUGUACAUAUAUAGUUGGGGCUUUUGCAAAUUUACCACUGAUUUUUUAUUUUUUUGCAAGAAUGCCACUCGAAUGACAGUUCUGGUGGUAUUUUUGUAAUUUUUUAGUGGCAAGUUUGCAAUAACGAUUCAAAAUAGUGUCAAAUUUAUAAUUGUCUUUUAUGCAGUAUAGGCGAUGUAUAAGUUGCAGUUGAAUCUUAUUCUAACGCUGAGCAGUGUUCGUCUUUACUGUUUAUUUUCCAAGAAGAGGAAUAAAUUAAUUCUGAUC